UUGGGAGGAAGGGAAGAGAAACUCUAAGGCUUGGUGCAACUCCAAAAAUGAAAUGACACUUGAUUCGUUUCUUUUCUUAACAGACAUGGCCACUUAUCACCCAGCAGGACACAUGCAGCUGCCCCGGGCUGAUGCCAUUCGUUCCCGUCUCAUUGAUACUUUCUCUCUCAUCGAGCACCUGCAGGGCUUGAGCCAAGCUGUGCCACGGCACACACUCCGAGAGAUACUUGAUCCUUCCCGUCAGAAGAAACUUAUGUUGGGAGAUCAACACCAGCUUGUGCGCUUCUCCAUAAAGCCUCGUCACAUAGAACGGAUUACACAUGCCCAGAGGCUGAUGAGCACCCUUAGAGUGCGCUGCAGCGAGAGGCCACCUCUUUCCUUGUGGGCUGGAUGGGUCCUUGAGAGUCCUCUCUUCAGAAACUUUGUCAUCUUCCUCAUCUUUUUGAAUACGAUUGUACUAAUGGUUGAAAUAGAACUGCUUGAAUCCUCAAACACCCAACUGUGGCCGCUGAAACUGACUCUGGAGGUGGCAGCUUGGUUCAUCUUGCUUGUUUUCAUCCUGGAAAUCCUUCUUAUGUGGCUAUCCAGCUUUUUCCUCUUCUGGAAGAAUGCCUGGAAUGUCUUUGACUUUGUUGUCACUGUAUUGUCCCUGAUUCCUGAGGUUGUGGUGCUGGUCGGGGUAACAAGCCAUUCUGUGUGGCUCCAGUUGCUGAGGAUCUGCAGGGUGCUAAGGUCUCUUAAACUCUUUGCACGAUUCCGUCAAAUUCGCGUCAUUAUUUUGGCCCUGGUCAGGGCCCUCAAGAGCAUGACCUUCCUCUUGAUGUUGCUGCUCAUCUUCUUCUACAUUUUUGCUGUGGCUGGUGUCUACUUCUUCGAGAAUUACACCCGUUCAACUCGCCAGGACCUGGAGUAUCACACGUUCUUCUCGGACCUGCUGAAUUCUGUAGUGACAGUGUUCAUUCUCUUCACCAUGGAUCAUUGGUAUGCACUGCUUCAGGAUACCUGGAAGGUGCCUGAAGUCAGCCGCACCUUCAGCAGCAUCUAUGUCAUCCUCUGGUUGUUACUUGGUUCCAUUAUCUUUCGAAAUAUCAUAGUAGCCAUGAUGGUUACUAACUUCCAGAAUAUCAGGAAUGAGCUGAACGAGGAGAUGACACACCUGGAGGUUCAGCACAAAGCCGACAUAUUCAAGCGACAGAUUAUCCAGAGGAGACAAAACCUAAUUCCUGAGGCACAGAGGUCAAGCAUUAGCAAAAUGGAUACCAGAGAUGCCAAUCAACAAAGGGAAUCUUUGGACUUAAGAGAAGCUUCUAAAGAAGAGUCUAAACACAGUGCCACUAAAGAGGGUUCAAGAGCAUCUAAGUCAAAACCGAAGAAGUCCUUGUCAAAAGCGAAAAAGUCUACAUCUUCCUCUUCCUCCUCCUCUUCCUCAUCUUCAUCUUCCUACUGUUCCUCUUCUUCUGGCUCCAGAUAUUAUGACCCUAUUGGUCAAUUGGACUGGGAGACUCAUGUGCACCAGAACCUGCCUGGGCUAAUGGACAUGGAACAGGAUGAACGUGUUGUUUGGCCUAGAGAUUCACUCUUCCGAUAUUUUGAGUUGCUAGAAAAGCUUCAGUAUAACCUAGAGGAGCGUAAGCAGUUGCAAGAGUUUGCAGGUAUGGAUUUAGGGCAGCUAUGGAGACUAGGAGUUAGGUCCAUUGGAGCAGCGUAUAUAACUGGGGAGAAGAAGGAGGGUGUUCGCUAUUUAAGCAUCUCAGCCUCUGAAUUUCCACCUCACACCUAAAAAAGGCAAAUUCAUGGUUUGAUACGUCACUUUCUGGGCAUAUGUCCUGAUUUCUUCUCAUCUAAUGAGGACCUGGCAACUCUGCUUCUCUGGUAGGGAACACCUAAGUCCUGUGAGGUCUGAGAGCUUAUUUCCCAAGAGAAGAGUAUCCAGUUACAGCUGUUGGGAAUUAGGAUAAGGUGGGCACUCACUCUAUUUGGGCAGCCUGCCCCCUUUUGUACAUGUUUAUUCUCUUUGAAGGUUGCCUUUCAGACCUGAACAGUAAGGCCUCAGGCUCAAGGUAGCUAUGGGGAUUAGAUGGUCAGCAGAAAGGCCACAAGUGCCCACUGUCCUCAAAAGAGGUUUAUAAAUUACAGACUUCUCUUCUUUUCAGUCCCUUCUAGUCAGCCUAUGCAGAGAGACUAUGUGAUUAAAAUAGUAAAGUUUGAUUUAAGCUGAGAACUACCUGCUCAAAAUUAUUUUUCCUAAAUUUCUCACUUGAGAUUUCACCACGUAGAGAUUAAUUUGGAUCCAUUAUUUUUCCCUCUAAAAAUACAAAAACUAGAAGAGUUAGGGGCUUUUUGUUUUGUUUUACAGUUUAAUGUGGAUUAGUGUUAUCCUCCUAAUACCUAUCUGAAAUCAACCCAAAGUGAAAAUAUCAAUGGGUCAAUGGGGGAAGAGGAAUGUAUGUGUGGUGGGUGUAGAAGAGCAAUAAUAAGAAUUUAUAAUGUUGGAACAUGGAACUUAGAGCAGGAUGUCGGACAGGCUUUGCCUACCUCAGAAUGUUGCGUUGUUAUCCUCCUCUUUCCCACUGUCCUCAGCCCUGCCUCCCUGUUUGUUCUAAGCAGGACAGUGUGAAAGGGUGGCAAAGGCAACAAUGGCUUUUUAAUCCUGAUUAAUUCAUCAGAGGCAAAGAGGACAGACUCAUAUGGCUUAAUUUAGAGUAAACAUUAGUAAAGAUUUGAGUGGGAACCUGGAACCCAGAAAUGCAGGGUCUUCACCAAACCUUUGUAUGUUCUGAAUAUUCUUAGGUCUCCAGCCUCACAAUCUGUUUCUUUACAGUGCAGGCACUGAUGAACUUUGAAGACAAGUAAGGCCGACAAUGAAUGGCUUCGCUAUCUUUGGCAAAAAUUAAUGAAGGGAAUAGUUGGAAAUGGAGAAUUCAAAGUAGAAAUGUCUAAUAAAUCCUGCUGAUAAUUGUGCAAUUGUCUGCCUCUGAGACAUAGGACAUACCAAAAGAUGUAAGAUCAGGCGAAAGUUAGUUCAGACGACAGUGGGGCACCUGGUCCCUCUUGGCUUUCUACCCUUCCCACAGCUCCUGAGUCUCACUCUUUCCUUGGCUUUGUCACUGUAGCCCCCACCUUUUCUGCGGCAUCUACUUCCUGCUAGAGUCCUAAUUUCACCCUCCCUCACUGGUGGAUACAGGCCCCUAAGGGUUGGGGGUAAGGAGACCCCAGGACCUGUGAGUGUAACUAAUUGAGAACUAUUGUUUCCAUUGCUACUCUAAGAACAUUGCUUCUCCUGUGCACCAUUAACUUUAUUUAUUUAUUUUUAUUUUUUAUUUGGUUGCACGGGGUCUUAGUUGCGGCUUGCUGCCUCCUUAGUUGCAGCACGUGGGCUCCUUAGUUGUGGCAUGCAAACUCUUAGUUGCAGCAUGCAUGUGGGAUCUAGUUCCCUGACCAGGGAUUGAACCCGGGCCCCCUGCAUUGGGAGCGCCAAGUCUUAACUGCUGGACCACCAGGGAAGUCCCUCAGUUUUUAAAAUAAAGUAAGAAAAGAUUAUCUAAAACCAAUAACCAACAUUAUGUUUUAAGGAAAAGCAUUUUAGUCAUUACCCAUAAAAUGUGGAAUGAAACAAAAAUGUUUUAGAAAUAAAUGUCAAUAUAUAAUAUUGUAUUAAAAUCUUAUAAUAAGGAAUAGAUGUUUGGAAAGAAGAGCUACACAUACUAUUUUUAGAUACAAUUGUAUACCUAGAAACCCCAAAAGAAUCACCUAGAAUUAGAGAUAACAAAGGAUUUCCAUUAAGUACAAAUAGAAGGAAAGAGGACUGGAGAGAGAAGCCUGGGAAAUAGGAACACAAAGGGAUAGGAGCAGGCAGAGGAGCCAGAAAGAAGCCUGAGAGGGAAGAGCUGAAGAGACAGGAGGAUAAUCAUCCUAGAGUAAUGGCCCUAGAAUUUCCAGAAAGGAAUGGUCCAGUAAGAUCUGGAUUGGAGCAUCCAUUGAACCCAGCAAUCAGAAUAAAAUAAACUUAAAACAGAAUAAGGAAAUAUUAUUUAAUAAAUCUUACAUGUGCUAUCCACAAAGUGGAUGCUCAUUGAGCAGCAUCAUUGAGUAGCUUUGCUCAAAGUGUGGUCUGAGGACCAGCAGAAUUGGCUUCACCUGACUUGUUAGAAGUGCAGCGUCUCAGGUCCCAUCCUCAGGGCCUAUUGAAUCAGGUGUUACAUAUGCACAUUAAAUUUUCAAAAGCAUUGCUUUAUAGCUGUAUGAUGAGUGAUCCCCUCCUGGCUUUCUAUAGCUAACUUCUUAAAUGAAUGGCCCAUGCAUGCUGCCUCAUUCUUUAACUCCUUCCUUAAUGAAAACGAUCUGGUUUCAGUUCUACUGGAAUGGAAUUUAUUCAACAAAUUUGAAUUUUUCCUGUUCCAGACACCAUUAUAGGCAUUUGGAUAUGUCAGUGUAUGAACAAGACAGAGAUCGCUGCCAGUUCUAACUAGUUCUCCCUAAGAUCCCCAAAUAAUAAAUAGCUUCCAUGAAGACAGUGAUUUUUACCUCCUUCUAUUCCUCCCCCCCAAAUUAUCUUUCCAGCAGCCCAGAGCCAUGUGAUAACAUCUGCUCAAAAACAAAACCAAAUUUUUUUCUGACUAAAUAAAAAUAUAUUUUUAAAAAAUAUAUUUAUUUAUUUAUUUAUUUAUUUAUUUAUUUAUUUAUUUAUUGGCUGCAUUGGGUCUUCGUUGCUCUCCGGCUUUCUCUAGUUGUGGUGAGGAGGGGCUAUUCUUCAUUGCAGUGCACAGGCUUCUCAUUGUGGUGGCUUCUCCUGUUGCGGAGCACAGACUCUAGGCAUGUGAGCCUCAGUAGUUGUGGCACAUGCGCUCAAUAGUUGUGGCUGACAGGCUCUAGAGCACAGGCUCAAUGGUUGUGGUGCACGGGCUUAGUUACUCCAUAACAUGUGAGAUCUUCCCCGACCAGGGAUCAAACCUGUGUCCCCUGCAUUGGCAGGAGGGUUCUUAACCACUGCACCACCAGGGAAGUCCCAAUAAAAAUAUUUUAAGGUCUAAGGAUCAAGCCCCACUGACAAUGAAUCCAUUACUUCUCCAGCUUCCUUUUUAUCCUUGCCCUGACCUAGUAUCCCUGCUAUAACUUUUACCACUAUUCUUAGUCAAGGAAGAGAUUCAAGCUCUAUGCCAGGUAACUAUGAAGAUUUCUCAGGAGCAUUUUGGAAGUGAAGUUAGGAUUUAGAUAUUGUUGUGAUAUAAAUUUUUUCACAUAUGGUUUGUAUUAAGCUUUUAUUUUAGAACAUAGUUUCCCCCUUUGAUCUUCAAUUAUCAUUCAUAUUGUCAAAUAUCAAUGGAUGGAUACAUAACUUUGUUUUAUGUAUGGUGUUUCAUGUAAGGUGUUUCUGUUUAAAGACACCUUAUUUAAUAUAUGUUGUUGAUUCAUUAGCAUUGACCUCUGUCAACAGCACUAUAACUCAGGCUUAAAUAAAAUUUAUCGAAGACACGUUUUCUCCGUAAGGUGCAUCACAGCCUUCUUGUGAUUAGGAACACUAGAAAGCACUUCAGCACUAAGCUGGGGGGCCAUUUUAAACAGUGAAAUCACCAAAAAAAGC